AUGGCACCUCUGUUAGACACAAUUAUCGGAACCUGGGAGCUCCUAUCCUAUGACAUGGUAGUGUCGUCAGAAUCUGGAGAGACGGAGGUCCGCAAACUGGGAGGAGAAACACCUCUUGGGCGAAUCGUGUUUACGCGAGAUCAGUUCAUGUCAGCUCAUGUGACUGAUCCCAGAGCUACUAGCCCAACUAAAGACGGGGCCUGGUUCCAAGCACGUGACGAGGAAGUCCUUCGUGCUGCGCGGCCUCAUGUGUCGUAUUGCGGUCAGUUCAGGCUUUUCCAUGAGGGAGAGAGUGAUUAUCUUGCUACUACGGUUCACGUCGCUUUAGACCCAAAUUGGGUUGGAUCCGAACAAGUCAGGAGGGUUGAGAUCAGUCACGACGACGGACGUGGGCUAAUGACUCUGCAUCCUACACAGGAGUUUCUCCUAUCGGAUGGCAAGAAGUCUACGGCAAGCCUAACUUGGGUGAAGCUAUUUUAG